ACACAAAAGCUUAAUUGGGAAAGAAAAAACCAGUAACCCAACCAAGACGCAGAUAGACUAGUUUUCCACUGCUCUGCUCGGAGAGGAGAAAAUCGGAGAGAAAGGGGUUGUGUGCGUGUGUGAUGACGAUGGACCGGGAGAAGGAGAGGGAAAUUGAACUGGAGAGUGCAAUGUACACUAACUGUUUGUUGUUAGGGUUGGAUCCGGCGAUCAUCGGUAUCGGAGCCAACAACGGCACUCCUCGGAUCGGCCUAUUCCGUCACUCCAAUCCUAAAUUAGGGGAACAGCUGCUCCACUUCAUCUUAUCCUCUCUCAGAGGUCCAAUUCAAUCCGCUAAAGACUUUGAUAAAGUUUGGCCAAUUUUUGAUUCGGCGCAGUCUCGCGAUUUCCGGAAGGUUGUACAAGGAAUUAUAAGUGAGCUGGAAUCUCAAGGGGCGCUUCCGAGGAGUAAUUCCAGGGUUUCAUCUCUGGCUACUUGUUGCGGACCAAGAUUUGUUGAACUUCUAUGGCAACUUUCUUUGCAUGCUUUGAGAGAGGUUCAUAGGCGAACAUUUGCAGCUGAUGUAGCAUCUAACCCACUGCCUGCUUCAUUGACAGACGUAGCCUUUUCACAUGCGGCUACUCUACUACCUGUAACCAAGGCUAGAAUAGCUCUUGAGAGGAGAAGAUUUCUGAAAAAUGCUGAGACAGCGGUGCGCAGACAGGCAAUUUGGUCUAAUUUGGCUCAUGAAAUGACAGCAGAGUUUCGUGGUCUUUGUGCUGAAGAGGCUUAUCUGCAGCAAGAGCUGGAAAAACUUCAUGACUUGAGAAAUAAGGUGAAGUUGGAAGGUGAACUUUGGGAUGAACUUGUAUCUAGCUCAAGUCAAAAUUCUCAUAUGGUGCAAAGGGCAACUCGCUUGUGGGACUCUCUGCUAUCUCGCAAGAGUCAACAUGAGGUUCUUGCUUCAGGCCCUAUUGAGGAUCUUAUAGCUCAUCGUGAGCAUAGGUAUCGCAUCUCUGGUUCAUCUUUGCUUGCUGCCAUGGAUCAGAGUUCUUUAGUUGCAGCUUCUGAAAAAGAACAAAGUGAAGAAGCAUCACAACCAGAUGUAAAUAGAGAAACGCAUAUAAAUGGAUUAGAUUCUUCUCAUAUGCAAGGAAAUGAAGAAAAAUCUUCUCGAGCAGAGGAGAGAAGUACAAGAGGUCAACCCACUGUUGAUAUAGCAGAAGUGUUGAGGCGAUGGACACAUGCCUUACAGCGUAUCCAUAAACAAUCACUGCAGUUGGCAAAAGCCAAUGAUGGAGAUGGCCCAGAGCUUCUGAGCAGUGGACAGGAUGGCACCGGUGGUCAUGCUGAAUCCUUGGCUGCAACACUUGCAGAACACCGCCAGCAUUUAGCUAGCAUCCAGGUGCUCAUCAAUCAACUUAAGGAAGUUACUCCAGCUAUACAGAAUUCAGUAUCAGAACUUACAGAGGAAGUAAACAGCUUGUCAUCCAGUCUACUUCCCAUGGCGAAACAUCAUGGUAGAUCAAACUCGCCUAUCCAAGCCCAGAGCAGUGGAAGGACAUUGGAAAAUAGCGCUGAUGAGGUUGCUGAGAUGACGUCCAGAUUGUCAACCAUUCAGCUCGAAAAAGUAUCAGCUAGCCCCCCUACUCUUAAACUCCCACCUUUAUUUAGUUUGACACCUAAUUCUGCUGGGAAAGGCGGGAACAUGCAAAAGCGACAGAUGCAAGCUCAGGCCAACCAAACACAUGAUAUGCCACAGAAAAGGUCUGUAGACCAGCCACUGAAUACCAAUCAUACAGAUAGCGCAUCUCAAGACAAUGACAACUUUUUUGUUCAAAAUCUAAAGAGAUCUGUUAGAGAAGCUGCUCUUGCAUCACAAAACUACAACUUUGAAUCAUCCCAGGACAGUCGCUCUGAUGAUAGCUCAGAGCACUACUUUGUACCACUUUCUGGGGUUGGGUUUUCACGCCUAGGCCAAGCGAAAAAGGCAAAUUCCAUGAGAACUAAACGUGAGUUCACACCUCAAGCAGACUCUUCAUUGCUUGAAACACGUGUUUUAGACGGUAAUAUCAGAAACAAGUUUGAAGGACCAGAUAUAUUGAACGAUGUGGAAUCACUUGAUGAUUAUGAAGGCGUAAACGGAUUUCUUUCAGCUGCUGGAUCAAAUUCUUCGGUGUCUGAUGCACACAGAUCAUUUUAUGACAUCGAGGAAGUUCAAGAUCAAGUUUUCUCACCUCCUUUGCUGAUGGACACAUCACUGUUGGCAGAUUCCUAUGAAGAUCUACUUGCUCCUUUGUCAGAGACUGAAGCUGCCUUGAUGGAACAUUGAAAUUGGGUCUGGCAAUUAAAAAAGAACUCCGAGUUUUAUACCUUGCUGAUGUGCAUCCAGGAGUUCUCCAUCUUUCACCUUUUUGUCCUUUCUGUUUCUUGAUUAAAAAAUCAUGUCCUCACGAAUUUGUAUUUGACCUGGUGCUUGUAUAAUUUUAUGCUGCUUUCAUUGCUCCCUUCUAUUUGUCAUCUUAUGGUGUCUUGAUGUGGGAGAGGAGGGGGCUUGAAGAUCUGCAUCACAUGGUUGGCUUCAAAGAUGCAUGGGCUUAGAGUUCAAAAUAUGGCAAGGGUAGCACCAACAUGUUCCUCCAGGGCUAAGAUGACUUUAGAAUCCGAUUACCGUGAUCUUUGCAGAAUUCACCGCCCGGCAUAUGUUGCUUGAAGCGGGUAAAACUCUCAGUUAUUUGGUUGUCUAGCAGGUGUACUGACACUGGGAAGUUGGGUGUUGAAGCUACGUUACUUGUGAUCUGUCGCUGGUGGACAGGUACAUAAAUGCCGAAUUAACGCAUCGAGUGGUAAAAGUUUGUUUCGUUUGCAGCUAGUUUGAAAAAUCAGCAAUUACAUAAUGCCACAGGAACGUUUGUGUUCCAAGUUUUACAACCGAAGCGAGUGCCUUCUGUAGACUAAUAACCGAAGGCUAAAAUGUACUACUAAACUAUGACAUGUUGAUUAGAUGCACUUUAGCAGUCCUCUGCAUACUUUUCCUAGAUAAGAUGCAAAUCAAGGAAGUCGAUUGGUGAUUUGGUGCCUUUUUUUUCUUUUCUUUUUCUUUUCCCCUUUUCACAUGAAGAAGUUGUGUAAAAUGGUAGUCAGGGCAUAUGUUGUCCUGUAUUUUGCUGUUUUUACAUUACAAUUGUAGACUUUUUUGGGGUUUGCCUCUAGUUUUGCAUCUGUUUAUCUGGAAAUAGCGAGUUUGACAUUAAAUUGAUGGGAAGAGAAGAGUUGGUUUGCGAGA